CCUCAUCAGUAGUUCCCCUGCUACAUCCUCCCAUGCUGCCGCUUCCACCAGUCGUCGAUCCUCAGACUCUAUUCGUACGAUGCCUGGUGCUGCCUUUCGUCGUGACCGCACUCCACAAGAUCGGUCCAUGUCCAUGUCAGCUGCUUCGGGCAGUGUCCGCACUAUGAUCGAUCGCGGCUCUCGCGCCCCGAACCCAUUUAUGGCUGGGGGUCGCAACAGCCCCACCACCUCUGCACGACCACCUCGCCGAACACCCAUUGUAUACCCUGCACUCCUCUCUCGCGUGGCGGAGGCUUUUCGUGAACGCAUCAACCUCCAGGAUCGUAUUAAGGACGGUCUCACAUACAAGGAUGCCUUCGAUGGUCGUGAGGCGGUCGACAAGAUCUCAUAUAUAAUCAAGACUACCGACCGCAAUCUCGCCCUACUUCUUGGUCGUGCCCUCGACGCACAAAAGUUCUUCCAUGACGUCACCUAUGACCAUCGGCUCAGGGAUAGCGCUGCAGAGCUGUACCAGUUCCGCACGAAAUUGAGCCCAUUCGUGAGCGGUGAGCUGCAGACAAACUUUGGGGAUAGGGACGAUGAUGGUGAUUUGAAACCGGAGCGGCCAUCGCCUGGCCCUCAAGAUUGUGGAUCGAGGCCCUUUGGACAGGGAUCGAACGACUCGCAUGAUGACACACAGGAGAAGGACGCUUCACCUAUUGUCGAGAUCCCUGAGCCGCAUGGACCCCAGGGAUCAGAGAGUGCCGAUGAGAUGCCCCUUCCUUCGGGCGUUUUCACGCUUCUUACAGACUGCUACUCGCCGACGUGCACGCGAGAUCAGCUGUGCUAUAGUAUUGCAUGCCCUAGGAGGCUUGAGCAGCAGUCACGACUGAACAUGAAGCCACAGCCUGGGCUCAAGAAGCAGAUAUCGAGGGAGAGCUUGGGUGACUUUGUGGAACCUGGUACGCUAUGGAUACACUCCGUCCCGCAAGAGGUGGUCAACAGUGUCUCCGACGCCGAGAAAAGGCGCCAGGAAGCUAUUAACGAAGUCAUAUACACGGAACGUGACUUUGUCCGCGACAUGGAAUACCUUCGCGAUGUCUGGAUAAAUGGACUGAAAGACAGUGACAUCAUCCCCGCUGAACGUCGUACGGACUUUGUGACACAGGUCUUCUGGAACAUCCACGAAAUUAUCGCAGUAAAUACCCGCCUUCGAGACGCGCUCAACAAGCGACAAAAGUCAUACGCUGUCGUGGAGCGCAUUGGGGAUAUCCUUCUUGAUUCUGUGCCGCAUUUCGCGCCCUUCGUAAGUUACGGUGCCCACCAACUGUAUGGCAAGUAUGAGUUCGAAAAGGAGAAGAGCUCCAAUCCAGCGUUCGCACAGUUUGUGGAAACUACGGAAAGAUUGCCAGAGUCGCGCAAGCUUGAGCUCAAUGGAUACUUGACGAAGCCGACCACGCGAUUAGCUCGAUAUCCACUGCUUCUGGAAGCGGUUUUAAAGCACACGCCUGAUGAUAACCCAGACAAGCAAACACUUGCGCAGGUGGUUAUCAUGGUCCGCGAGUUUCUAGGGAAGGUGAACGUAGAGACGGGAAAGACAGAGAACCGUUUCAACCUUCUACAACUCGACCAGCAGCUCGUGUACAGGCCAGGGGAGCAAGUGGACCUGAAGCUGCAGGAUCCUGGUCGUGAACUCGUAUACAAGGGUGCUCUGAAUAAAAGAGGUGGUGGGCAAGGGGACAGCGGAGACCUGCUUGUAUACCUCUUUGACCAUGCUCUACUAAUGGUGAAGCAGAAGAGCAAACACGAACAAUUCAAGGUCUAUCGACGACCGAUACCCCUCGAGCUCCUCUUCGUGCACGUCACAGAUGAAUCCAAUAACUCCAAUCGUCCUGCUAACGCUCGUCAGGGGCAUAAAACGCUCACGAAGAAACCCAGUUUCAACCGAGGUACACCGUACGCGCCUGCCAUUCCAAUUAAAGUCGAUGGCAAAAGUGGAUUCGCCAUCACGUUCAUACAUCUAGGGCGCAAGUACUACCAGAUGACGCUUUGGGCAAGCACAUUUGUAAGCCACCGCAAAUGGGUCGAAACCAUCACGAAGCAACAGGAGUCUCUCCGUGAGCGGAGCACAGUGUUUGAGACAAUCACCUUGUGCGAGGGCUUCUUCCUCGGGCAGAAUAGGGUGAAUUGCGCUGCGCCGUUUGCGUACGGACGGAGAAUCGUGUACGGGACAGAUGACGGAAUCUACUUGUCGGAUUUGAAUCAUCCAAACAGGGACCCAGUCAAAGUGCUGGCUCUACUGGAUGUUUCUCAAGUCGAUGUCCUGGAAGAGUUUCAAUUGCUCAUAGUACUUUCUGAACGACAAGUCAUCACAUUCCCGCUAGACGCUCUCGACCCCAUGGACCCAAUGUCUGGCUUGAAGCGGGCGAAGAGGAUAUCGUCGCACACAACAUUCUUCAAGGCUGGCAUUUGCCUAGGAAAAGUCCUUGUUUGUAUCGUCAAAUCGAGUCCGCUGUCUAGUACGAUUAAGACAUUGGAACCAAUUGACCAGAACAUUCGCGGAAGGAGUAAACCGACGUUCCGUAAGAUUUUGCAAGGCGGGAAUGAUACGCUGAAGGCGUUCCGAGAAUUCUACAUUCCCGUGGAGUCGAGCUCGAUCCACUUCCUGAAAACGAAGCUCUGUGUAGGGUGCACGAAAGGCUUUGAGAUUGUCGACCUCGAGAGUCUUGAUACGCAGGGACUUCUCGAUCCAGCCGACACUUCCCUUGACUUUGUACGGAAAAGAGAAAACCUUCGGCCGAUGGCUAUCUACCGGGUAGAUAACGAGUUUCUGCUUUGUUAUGACGAAUUCGCAUUCUAUGUGAACAAAAACGGUUGGCGGUCUCGACAAAAUUUCAUGGUGCACUGGGAGGGGUCGCCUACUGGUUUUGCCCUUCGCUUCCCAUAUGUUUUAGCGUUUGAACCUACGUUCGUGGAAAUACGGCACGUCGAAACGGGUCUUAUGUCGCAAGUCAUCCAGGGGAACAACCUCCGUCUUUUAUUUGCUGACAUGCCAUCGUCUGCAACGCAUUCAGGUAAUGCGCAGCAAAACCAAUACUACGGGCAGCAGAUGUAUAGUCAAUAUCAGCAGCCGACUCCGUCACUUUAUGGGCAGUCGUCAGUAUACGGACAAGGAUACGGUUCACCUGCCCAUUCCCCCCAGUCUCAGCAUGCACGCCUCAUACCAUCGGGGCGCGACGAGAUCUUGAUGGUCUCUGACGACCGCGUGUUAACAUUACGAAUGGCUGUGGGACAGCAUGUUAUUUGUGAUACGGUAUCGCUGGCGUCAUCGCGAUAACUGUAGGUAUUUUUGUUUUGCGUGUGUUGUGAUAUUCAGAUAUGUUAUACGAGUAACAUCUUUUGUGAUUUUGUCUGUUAAUUCGUGAUACUAGUACCCUCAUCAUAGCAUAUAUUUCUAUUGCAUUUGUGUAGUUCAAACAAUGAAAUUGAUCAAUUGAUAUAUAAUGUCCA